AUGGGGUGUAAAUCAUCUGUCUUCGUUCGACCUCAGGUUCUCCCAGAAAUAAUAAUAUCCCUUGUCUGGGUUUCCCAACAGGAGAUUGAAGCCCUCGUCAAUGCCACCGACACGCUCGAGAUCACACGACGGGAGCCAGGCAUAACAUGGGCCACAACACCAACAACGACAUAUGCAACAACCACGCUGCCCACUGAUGAUCACGAAGAAAAGGAAGCCGAGCCCACUGCUGAGCAAACCCGACAGGGUCAAAUUUACCAUAUUCAAACAAAGGCACUUGACCGGCCGGUUAAAUAUACCAGUCAAAUACGCCUCAUGGUCCUGCCAUUUGGGUUCCAAUUCUUAGGGACCGAGGGCUACGAUGUAGCACCCGGUCUCCAAUUCGUGGCACGUCACGCUGUAGUCAUUGCCUUGCCUCUCGUGCCUGUUCUUCCUCGAAGACUUCUCCGGGAGAUCUACGUCCGUGAAGACACCGCAACGUCGGCGACAGAGUCACUGGGGCAUGUGUUGGCUGGGGUGGAUCGGUUUGCUUUUUGGGAGAGUAACUUGAAGGAACUCGUCCUCUGGUGGCUGUCCCUACUGAGACCCCACUGGUUUUUAGUUGCGUGUGCUUUGGUGCUUGUUCUCAUGUUUAUCCUGGUGAUUAUCUUGUCUUAA